AUGUUUUUUUUUUCAGGUGAACCAGCUAUUACCCCAGCUGUUUCGGAAAGCCUUACAUUGUUAAACCAAGCAGAUAUCGACAGCAUGGCUGAUAACAUGAAAAUAUAUUUCGAUGUGUUAUCCCCUAAUACUGUACAAAUAACACUUUAUAACAAAGGGUCGAGUCCCAUAACAACGGGUAAAUGGGCAGUAUAUGUUUGCAUGUUAGGAGUAUUGGAUUAUGACCAUCUCGCCAAUAACCCUAAAGGUUAUGUUCUACCUGGUGGUAGCAAUUUAAAACUGACGCAUAUUAAUGGAUGUCUCUAUAAGUUAGAGCCUCUGGAUCUAUUCAAACCAUUUGCUUCGGGACAACACAUUAAAUUAAAAUUCAACAGCAGUUUCGUAAGGGCGCGCACUGACUUGGCACCGAACUGGUAUGUUGCUGCUGAAGGCUUGAUGCCAAAAAUCAUAGCAAACACAGCUGGUGAGGAUCUUAGUUUUGUGUUCUCGUCUAACAAGUGGACUUGGGAUCCUUUCCGUGCCAAAAGUGUACCCGACCUUGGACAUGCGCCUAACAUGCUUAUCCCCACGCCAAGGGAGAUCCCGAUGGUUGAUAAAACUAGAAAAGUGAUCCUUUCACCGGAAUGGUGUAUCUAUGAACAGAUGGGUCUAGAAAAUGAAGCGAAGUAUUUAACAGGUACGGUUUUUUUUCAUUUCCUACUAUAUUAUAAAGUAUUUAUUGAUUUAUUUCGAUUAGAUCAAGUGAGUGGAUUGCAUUGCUAGUGACCAAUCCAUAACAACUGAAAUUCAUUUAUCUUACCACUGAUAUUUAAAAUCCAGUUCAGUAAUACACCCGUAGGAAGGUGAUGGAGAGAAAAAAGGGAACGGAGAUUUGAGAUUGCCUCAUUUCGAGUUAUGCAGAAGGUGCACUUGUAGGAAUCGUACCCAAAAAAGGUCAUCGGACACUAACUUUACAUUAGAGGCUGGUCCUCAGUUAUUGCCCAAAAGAAUUUCAAAAAAUGAAUGAAUGAAUUAAAAAAUAAAAUAAAUAACGAUUUGGAGAUAGCACAUCCACAAAGUGGUUCUUCGUCUACCUGAUCCAUGGUCGAAUUGGGAUUUGUAAUUUGGUUUUCGAGGAGAGGGGAAAACGAGAGUACCCAGAGAAAAACCUCUCGCAGCAAGAGAGAAAACCAACAACAAAUUCAACCCACACAUGGCGUCAAAGCCGGGAUUUGAACCUGGGCCACAUUGGUGGGAAGCAAGAGCUCUCACUGUAGUAUAGAUAAGAAGACCCGCCACAAAGGCGCAAAAAGAAUACUGAAUGGCCGCCCUAACACUGAGUGAACAACACUCUUUCACGCGCUCUCGUUUUUAAUCGACCCGGAUGCAAGUCCCGGAUGAAGUAACGGAAAACCGCUGUACACUACAUUCCCUCUCCUUCUCGCACAAAAACGUACAUAUACUGCAGCAACUCAAAGAUAUUACGGUCUUAUUUGAAACAAACAUGAAAAACAAACUUUUGGGGGUCAAAGUCCUGGUCUGGUCACAUAUAAAGAAACAUGCAAGUGAUCAGGUUAAAGUCAAAUUCAAUGCAGAACAUAGUCAUCCAGAAGUGCCUUUGGUCGCCUUUUAACUCUUUCCGACCUCCUUACAGCAAGGGGCUGUUCAGAUCUCUGUACAGGUACCCCUGGUGGUUCUUGAUUGACUGCAAGUGGUUGCAUGGUAACAGCAGGUAGCUGUUCCGGCAUCUGCACAGGAACCCCUGGCGAGUGUACUUCUGCUUCAGGAGUUGGUGGCAAGCUCCGGUUCCUCAAUUCCUGCCUGGUAGCCUUCUUCAGGAGAGUAAAAAGGCUUAACAUGCUGUAGAUUUCUCCUAUACUGGAAACUCUAGGGUGACUACAAAAUAACUAGGUCCCCAUAUCUAGACAACACUGUAAAGGGCUCUCUCUCGCAGGCUGUUGACAACUUGUUUUCUUUCCUCGUCUCCAACAGGACAGCAUCUCCUCCCUUCACCUCUCUUUCUCUAGCAUGUAAACGCUUUUCGACAUACUCCUUAUUAGACUGCUUCCUUUGAGACAUCACGAUCUCUGACACUUUGGUCACGCGCCCUAAGUUCCUCCUCGUGAAUACAUAUGAGCUCAGGCCUCUUUGUGGAAAUGUUUCGUUUAAACAACAAUUCAGGCGGGCUACUCCCCGUAGUUGAGUGUGGAGUUAAUCUGUAUGCAAGAAGAAACUUGUUCAGCUCUUCUCUCCAAUUCUUUCCGUCAGAAUGAGCAGCUCUGACGGACUCCAAAAGUGCCCUAUUUUGUCUCUUAACUUCUCCAUGAGUUGUAACUGCCCUUAUAUACUCAUCAUCAUCCUGAGACUGUUCCCCUGGUGCUGUCUUUGUUAACCUUGACAAAGCGUCUGCAAUAUUCUUCCGGGAAGGUACAUAACGAAACUUUAUACUGUACGAUUGAAGGCGCAACAUCCAGUAUUCUAUCCGGGUGACGGUUUGGACUUGCUUGAGUAAAUGGUCAGUAAAAAGAGCAAAUUCUAGCAGUCCAUACACAUACAAAUGGAAUCGUCCGCAUUCCCAGAUUAAAGCGAGAGCCUCCUUUUCAGUCUAACUGUACCGGCCUUCAAAUUUACUCAGGGUACGACUAACAAAACACACAGCUCUACUUUCUCCAUCAGGACAACUGGACUGGCGUCAGCAGUUAUCCGUGUGAGCCUCAUUAUCAAAAGAUGCCAACAGGAGUGCUUGCGAUCGGCUGUUUUAGUUUUUGAAAAGAGUUCUCCUGCUCUUCAUUCCAUUCUUUCGUCCUUAAGUGAGAUCCGAUGGGACACUGCUUACAAAAUUCGAUGAUGUGAAUGAUAUUUGGUGCCACUGGGAAAGCCUUCUCAAGCAAGCUAUUGAUCAUCAUACUCCAAUCAAACCCGUGAACUUUAAAAGCAAUCACCUGCCGUUGAUCAACCCUGCUAUUCAAAAGCAAAUGAAUCUUUUGUAAAAGAAAUUCGGCCGAAUUCCUACGAAUGAAAACUGGAGUAACUACCGAUGUCAAAGCUGUGAAAAGACAGUCAGUUAAAGAUUUCUGUUCUGAUACAGCGUCUGUUUCUUCUAGAUGCUCUCCUGGUUAAUUCUGGUUAACUGAGACCACUCCUACCAAAUAGUAAGUCCAGUGUUAAUACAAGUUCAAUUUGAUAACUUGAAAAUGGCAGGAUUGUCCCUGACACCAGUGGGUCUCUUAAUGAAUAUUUUACGUCUCCUACAAUUAAUGAGUCCGUCCUAACCUUGUCCGUCCAGUGGAUGAUUUUCUAGCCACGCCAGGGUUGUCAGUAUUGAGACGAAGGUACCCAAAUUUAGUUUUUAUUUUCAUCGUUAGUGUGGCCCGAGUUUCUGAAGUCCUCUCUAAUCUAAACAUUAGGAGGUCAGCCGGCCCCGACGGAAUAUCACCCAAGCUGCUUAAAAUUGCCGCUCCAGUCAUAGCCUAACCUAUUACUAAACUUUGUAAUUAUUGUAUUGACGCAGGCGAGUGGCCAUGUCAAUGGAAACUUAGUAACGUCACCCCUGUUCAUAAGAAAGACUACGAAACAUCUAAGAAGAAUUAUCGCCCUAUUAGUGUCUUAUCAGUUAUACCCAAGAUGUUUGAGAUACUAAAAUUUGAUCAAUAUUAGAGCGUAUUCACACCUGUCUUUUCGGAUAAUAUGUCAGGGUUCCUGCGUGGGCAUUCUUGGUGUUCCGCUUUGUUAAAGCUAACUGAUGAUUGGCGCCAGGCUCUUGACAAUGAAAAGGAUGUUGCGGUGGUCGUUAUUAACCUAUCCAAAGCGUUUGACUCGAUUUGCCAUAAUUUUUUACUAGCAAAACUGAAAGCUUACGGCGUUCACGAUUCAGCUAUAAAACUGAUUCAGUCAUAUCUAUCGGGCCGCUUUCAACGAGUAAAAUGUAAUGAAAGGUGUCAGACUGGCGGCCUCUUCGCUGUGGAGUGCCGCAAGGGAGCCUUCUAGGUCCGCUUUUUUUAAUAUCUUUGUGAAUGAUGUCCUGGAUCUUCCUCCCUACAUCUGUAUGCUGAUGACACAACGCAUUAUAGCGGGGCUCCCGCGCGCGCGAAGUGCGCGUGGGACAGAGCCCCAUACACAUGGAAUAUGGUCAACCUCUUUUCGCUUGCUUGUCACGUGACUGACCGAGCGUUCGUACUUACGUACGUACGUACGCGUCUACAGAUUGUACGGGUAGGGUAGGGGAGACUAUCAAAAGGAAGGGAGGGGUGUCUCAGGCGUGUCUUCGCAAGUCCUCAUCUUUUAUAUAUGACACUCACAAUAUGGUCAAUUGACAGCUGUCAAAACAGAAUAGCCACUGACCAGUAUCGCAUGACCGUAUCGCGGGCUCAUGUGUCAACUCAUCGAGGUGACGUGAUUUAUUUGGAAGCUGUCCGCUGACCAGUUAAUCGUUUUACUUGAUCGCGAACAAUGUUCAAUCUCAUACUUUUUAGCUAGUUUGGGAUCGGAGCACAGGAAAACUGAUACACAUAUUGGACAUCAAUGCUGUGAUCAAUUGACAGCUGUCAAAACAAGGUAUCCGCUGACCAGUAUCACUUGAGCGAAUCUCGGGCUCAGGUGUCGACCCAUCGAGGUCAAGUAUUUUUUUGAAGUUAUCCGCUGACAAGGUACUGGUUUUCAAAUGAUCGCAGGCUCAAGUAUAAUUUUUUUUAAAAAAAUUCAUAUGAAAUAUGUUGUGUUUAUGUGCCCCACAAUUAAAAUUUUGAUUUCAAACUGACCUCGGACGCGAAAAUGCAGGCAGCUGCUACAGGCAGGGAAGACAGUUGAGUUUGACUUUUCUCACCAUGUUCACGCGUUGGUCACGUUCUACGUCCAAUUUUUAUGCUCUGAUUGUUCAAAAUUUGACAGGUGAGUUCGUGCGGAAAAUUUAGGCAGCAUCUUGAAUCUUCUUUACUUUGACAGCUGAAGCUGACAGAGUUUUGUGUCAACUUGUGAUGUUUAUAACUGUCUUUUUCCACUGGAUGUACAAAAUGAAAUUCAGCUGCUAUCGGAAGUCUUCUGUUAUUCAUGGCUACUUUCUUGAUUGGGUUUUUGGUUGAGAAAUACGUCACUUGUCCGGGCACUUGUCAAAGUUGGAAAUCCGAUGCGUCGUUUUCGUUUUCACCUUGCUUAAUGCGUAAGAGGGUUUCAAAGUCUGAAGCGAUACUGGCCUUACUUGAUACCUUUGACGAGCUGCAUCUCGAGUGGUAAGCCUGAGUAAUUAUUGUAUUUGAUGUUUGUUUUUUAUUUCUAAUUUAAUGAAGUCGAACGUAGUUUAUGCGGCUAUUUUGUUUACGCACGUUUGUAAGAUUUGAGACAAUGAUCUGACCGAGUAUCAGGUUUAUAUAAGCUUACAGAUCUUUAAAAAGCCUUUAGACAUUUUCUCACCGCAAAUAGAAAGAACACGUUCCAAAGAAUUUUUAGUUAUAAUUCUGGCUGUAAAAGAAGCUUUGAGCGAUUUUCUUGCCUCGAGUUCGUCUUUGAAAAAAGCAAACACCGGGAAGCCGGCUUAAAACAAAAACUUCAGCUUUAAGCUCGAAGACUCAGGAUUUUUAGACACACUUUUAAUACUUGUCUUCCUGAAUGGAAAUUGUCGUCUCUGUAUAUGUUUCUCCGAAUUUUAUUUCUUUUAUCGAUUAUUAGUAGUCUCUCUUGUAAUUUUAAUCGUUGUGCCGAUUGUUUUCAGUCGUUCAGUGAACAACGCUUCCCAGAGUACUCAAAAUGCCGCGCGUUAAACCAUUUUAAAAUAAAAAAUAAACAUAAUAAAUUCUUUAUUAUAUUGGAGCUUAACUGUGUUGAUGUUCAUUCAAACACUCGCCACAGCUAGCACUGCAAAAGUCAGAACCGGCUGGCCGUAUAGGUGAUUUUGGAAAUUUUUUUAACGGUUUAGCUAAAGCCCACGCGUGCUUCGAUCGUCCUGAAUAUUGAAUGAUAGCAAUUUGUAUUAGUCAGGUCUCUUAAGGUCAGGAUCGUUACAGAGCUGACAAAAGCACCAAGCUUUGCACAGCGAUAGCUUAUUGCAGUACCAUGAAUAUUAGAGGGGAUGCCCAAUGCAAAUAUGCCAUUGAAGCGUGCUAAACAGGAUUUAAUUAUUGUAAAUUUCACCUGCUGGGUCCCUGUGGUGUUUUGAUUGAAAAUUGUUAUUUAAUACCUUAAAUCACUCUGAAUGCUAUUCUCAUGUUGUAAACAACAAUUUCACUCGAACAUCUGGCAUUCCCAUCCAUUAUUAGCUUAUUGAUUGUAUAAUUAAGUUGAUUAUUACUGUGCCUUUAAAGCAAGUCCACAGUCCGCCCACAUUUUCAUAAGUCAUUUCUAACAUGGCCUCGUCUUUGCUUCAUAACUUUGCAAGUACUCAGCUUCUGGGGUUCUCUUCUCCUUUUCUAAUGUACUUCAAUUAGAGGAGGCCUUAUUGAGUGGCUUAAGUCGUAUUUAUCAAGUAUUACUUGUUAUUACAUGUCACUUUAAGCUAAAGAAAGCGUAUGGCAUAGCAAUUCACACACAAAAUUUCAAAAAAAAGAAAUUGUCGAAGAGUCUGUUGUAUCACAUAUUAUCAGGGAUUUAUGACAGCUAUUCAUGAAGAGCAAAUAACGAAAUAACAGAAACCAAAAUAGAUCUUUCCUAGGGAGGUAAUUAAUUUUUCAACUUAACAUAGGCCUGGAUGCCUUUCAGUCUCUCUUUAUCCAGUUAUCUGCUGGACGCAAGUGCAUGUUUUGACAGAGAAGCAAGCACCGUGGCACAAGUCAUAUCAUUUACAAUUCCCGCAGUUUGUCUAAGCUUUACAAAGCAAAAACAAACAAAAAAGAAUCUGGUCUCAUAAACGAAAAAAAGAAACAAGUUAGCCCAAGCUUCAAAAAACAGCACAGUUUAUCAUGAAGCCUCUACAUUUGGCACUGAAGCACUCAUGUCCAAAAAUAAUAACAGCUUAUCAAGUCGUAAAAGUGAGACUCAAGUGGUACAAGAUUGACUCAAAUGAUAAAUGGUGAAUGUUUUAACUGCUGAAACUGUAGAAAGGGGGCCGGGCUAACUUUUAGGGCCUGUUUACAUGGAGGAGGGGGACCCCGGGUAGGCAUGGUAACCCACUUAGGUGGGGUAACCCUCCUGUCCAUAUAAUCUCUCAUUUUCAUUUGAUCACGUUUACAUGAUAGGUGGGGUCACCCUUCAAGGUGGGUAGCCCGGUCUGCCACACCAGGUAACCCUCUCAGCUGAGGUCAAAUUUUGCCAUGUCAACGUUUCAAGGUGAGGUAACCCAGGCUAGUCGGGGUCGGAUUCGUGAUACAUCAAAUUCGCGCAAAAUUCACUUUGGCGCCGGGUGGCUUCACAUAAUUAUUAAAGGUAACAAUAGAAAGCCACAACACUGAAGGUUGCAGCAAGAGCAGCAAGUGAGCGUAGACGUGGUUUGCCAGCAUUUUUCUUGUUUACGUGCUUAGCGACCAUUCAAUAAUCUUGAGAAACUGCACCCCAGGCUGGUGGGGUUGUAAGAUUGCAUGUAAAGGGGGGUUAUUUUUUACCCCACCUAAGCAGGUUAACUCACCUACCUGGGGUCCCCCACCUUUAUGUUAACAGGCCCUAAGUCUCAGGAACCGUGAAACUGGUAAUAAACGGUAUAUCUAACCCGGGAAUAGCUGUGAUACUACUUCCAUCUUCAAGAACGUCAGCAUAGCAGCCAAACAAGCCAUUAUAUCGGUGUAACACGAAUAUUAAUUUGCAGUUGUUUCAUGCUUCUCGCUCUGUGACUUUUUUUGUGUUCGUUUUUGUCAGCAUCUCUACAUAUCAAUCAUGUUCAAAACACCCCUACUAACAAAAUAUUUCGUAAAGCUCUUUAGAAUGAUAUUCAGCAAUUAAAACAAGGUGUGACCAGGAGCCGAUUUCUAGGCUCCUGGUGUGGCAAUUACAUAGGCAUCAUUGAAUGCAAAGUUUUGCAGUAUGUAACCUGUCAGAAAUCUGUUUGAGUGGUCAAAGUUGGGACUGAUGGGCUUCUUUAUCAUGACCACUCCAUUAUUAUAAGGGACCAGGCCAUAAUUAUUGUUGACCCCUGCUUUUUUUGGUAUUUUCUGUAAUUUUCCACAGCAUUAUUUUGUGAAAAGCUGGUAACUGAAUUGCUCUUUAGGAAUUCAUGAUCGGAACAUUUCGUAACCACGGGGUAUUCGCCUAAUUGCAUCAAACACAUUACAUUCAUUUUCAUAAAUGAUGCAUCAUUGGUUGGCUAAAAGAGGCCUUGUUCCUGUAAAUUUCAGCUCUUCUGAAGUUAGUUUGUUUGUAAAUUGUAACGCACGCGACGACCUUCCUUUGUUUUGAAAGAUCGUAUAGACCUACCACUAACACUCUGGUCCAAGGGCUCUGAAGUGAAUGAGCCGCUUACAGGUGUCUAGGCAUGCAAGGACCUCAUAGACUUCUUUUUAAGUGCAAAUGUGUAAAAAGCAAAGAGUGUUACAAAUACCUGGAGAGGCAUGUUUUACAACCUCGUCCCCAGGGCUUAAUAAAAAGGUAGAAAAAAACUUGAGGUCGACGGUGCGCUCCUUUUACCCCCCUCUCUCCAUUAAUUUUCCGUUUUAAGGGUAUUUAGAGCUAGUCAAAGCUACAGAGAAAGGAGAGAAGUUGAAAUAAGGAUGUGUUGACACCGGGGAUCGAACUCGGGACCUCGCACACCGAAGGCUGCGCACUAACCAACUGUGCCACCCUUGCUCCUCCUUUUCCCCCUGAGGACGAUUUUGACAUGUUUUAAUCAUUACCUCAAGGACAGGGUUACCAACGAAGCAAAUUAUAACCUAAUCUUAGCUGCACAAUUUCAAAGUGGGCGCGUUGUCAGUUACGGUUCAUGAGGUCGUUCAUGUGGCAUGUCAAACUUUAUCGAUUCUAUCGUUUAGGCUGUGAUACAUUUCAGUUUUAUGUUAUUGUGUGACAACUUUGGAAGCUGGCUUUGUGAUCUGUUUAAAUUGAUAUGUAAUGAUAUUAUCACUGGCAAGUCUUAGCAGUGACACUGAUAGCCGCACAGUCCGCACAGUGAACAUGGCCACAUUUACCGUUUGGAGACUGGGCACUAGUCAGUAUUAUGUACAUGUAAAACUAUUUUGAAAAGUGUACAAGAACUAACCAUUACCAAAUUCAAAAAUUAAAAAUUUGAAACAAACGUUUUUUAGCCAAAUCAAACAAGAAGAGUACUCACCACAGGGCACCCAAUCUGCUAUUAUAGGUGAAAGUUAACCCCCCCUUUUAUCUGUAAUUAGGAGCAUUUGUAACGGGCACCCCCUCCAGUAUUAAUCGGUAGGUGCUAAGGAAGCUCUGUGCCAAAUUUGACACUUUUGUCACGUCUGUAACGAUCCGGCCUAUAUUUUGCACUAAGAGACCUGACUAUAUUGCAAAACUGUCAAAUACUGCAUUCUGUUGUCCGAGCUCUGUAUGAUAAAAACAGUGCCUCAUAGUACUGUUCCACCUCAGAUGUGAUGUAUAAAUGAUAUAUAAGGUUGGUUUACACGAACCCAGAUUUGUUGGCAAUAUUUUGUAAAGUAAACUUGUUGAACGCAAAAAAUUCGGCCGGAACUUUUUUACAGGCCUAAUUAACCUACGGUGAUCAAGAGCCAUUAUGGCUCUUAAAAAAUGUGAUCGAAGACGAUUGCCAGUUUUUGGGUGUACAUAUGAGGCCAUCAACUCGAUGUAAGAUUUGGUUCACUCUGGGGUUGUUUGCAAAUUAUUUUUGUCUAAAAUCACUCAGCCUUUCCCUGAAAAGUCACAUGACUGUGCUCUAAAGUUAACUGAAUUGUGGAAUUCAAGUUUAUUGUUUGAUUUAAAUUAUAAAUUGCUUAAUGGGAGACUCGCUUUUAGCCCUGGCUAAAUCUAUAUAUUAUAGCCCAUGAGAGCCCCUGCACACUGAGUGUGGAAUCUACACUAAAUCAAGACAUAGAGAGAUUAACCCUCUGGUUCACUGCGAAUUAACUGCAAGUAACCGCUACUAAAACUAAAACAGUUUAUCGGUUCAUGAUAACCGUCACGAAUAUAGGGACAUUCC